AUGACGCCCGAGACCAUCUACUUGCCCGAUGGGCAGACGUACACGGUCAGCCCUGUGUUUGGUGGCGUGGCGUUCAAGAGCAACGAUCUCACCCACGAAUCACAUUUCCCCGUCGGCUGGAACAUUGUGCUGCACACGGAAGAAGAGCGCGUCGUAUUCGGCGACGAAGCCGCGGCCCCGGUCAAUGGCGAGAGCGGUCACCACCACCCGGAAGCUGCCGGCGGCGGUGACACCAUGCACACGGACGAUCUCUCGGCGGCGGCGGCGGCGCCCAAGCGCAAGAAGCGCGUCCGUCCAUUCGCGCAGCCGACUCGGCAAAACGACACCCUCUUCAUCUCGGCGCUGUCCACGCCGUCGAGCCACGAGUACGGCCCGCCGGCGAGCCCGACCCGCCAGAUGGCCAUGAUCCUGUGGGUGAGCCUGUACUGGUACUUUCACCAGCCCGAGCCGUCGCCGCACAUGAGCACCGAGGCCUCGCACGCCACGCCCGACUCGGCCAAGCCAAUGGGCGACUGGCGCAUCACCAUUCAGCGCGACGGCGUGCUGCGCGGCCGCAACCUGAUCCCCAAGCUCGAGCGCAUGGGCCUGCUGGCGACGGAGUCGACCGAGGUCGGCACCAGUCUGGACGACGGCGACGAGACGUGGUCCCGCAUGUUUGUCUCGCAACGCAUGUUUUGGCAGAUGCCGCCGAACCUGUUCCUGUUCACGCUGAAGCCUGUCAAGGGUCCCCCCUCGCCGUGGACGGGCUCGGCGGUGUCGCCAAACAGCAGCCGCCCCGGCUCGCCGGCAGCGUAUAGUGCGACGCCUCACUUUACGCCAAGAGCAGAGUCGCCCCAACUAGGCGUGACCAGGCUCUAUAAUGACUUGCCGGGCGCCCCGACCCCGACAAGCCUCGCCGCCGGCGUGUCUGCGGCGCACCCCAUCACGCCCUUCUUCUCAACGUCGCACCUGCCCACCUACUAUCCCCCGCUGACGCUGCAGUAUACCUUUACCGACAAUCUGCGGCACCCUCUGCGCCCCAAGCCGCCUCGGAUGGGCGAAUUAUUCUACUCGCGCUUCCUUCCCUCGGUCGGGCGCUACCUGUCUUUCCGCGUGGCUUCGCUCUCGCCAGAGCCCGUGCCGUACUUUGGCCCCCGCGGGCCCAACCCGCCCGACCACCCGGAGCUGACGUCGCUCUCUGACAGCGAGCUCCUCGCGUCGUGGUUCACCAAACCGCGCGUGGGGGCCUUUUGGGGCGCGUGCACGCCCGAGUUCCUGCCCACCGUCCUGAAAGCAAAGCACUCGUUCCCGGCGAUUGGGCUCUGGGACGGCGUGCCGUUUGGGUACUUUGAGAUUUACUGGGUCAAGGAGGACAUCCUGGGCCGGGUGCUCGGUGGCGAGGCUGGCGAUUUUGAUCGGGGCCUGCAUGUCUUGGUGGGCGAGGAAUGGGCGCGUGGACGGGCGUCGGAGUGGAUGACGAGUCUGGUUCACUGGUGCUUCACGACGGACAUGAGAACGAUGAAUAUUUGCCUGGAGCCGAGGAUUGAUAACGAAAGGAUUCUCAAGCACUUGGACGAAUCAGGAUUUGGCCGCGAGAGGCAGAUAUCGUUCCCGCACAAACAAUCUUGGUAUGUCCGCCUGCGGCGCGAGACGUGGACGGGGCCUCUACUAUAG